CCAGACCUUUUGGACAGCGAGCCCAGGCUUGCAGACUUGCAGCAUUCUUCAACUCGUCUUAAAAAUAUGUGGCACAUUGCCGAUCACAGGCGCUCACUGAGACUUCAUGAUUGACGAAGCAGUUUCCCCGCUGGCGAGCGGCGGCGCCUCUGCGUCCGCGGCCUCCGCGGAAGCCGAAGACGUCUCGACGCUCCUUCCUCUCUCGCUACGCAGAUCCCAGCUCAUCCCCCCCGCUCCGAACCGCCGCCGGUCGGCGAUUGACUUCCUUCACGACUUCGGCGGUUCCUCCUGGAUCGCCUAUGGCGCGUCCUCCCUCCUUGUGAUUUCCCACUUCCCUUCCCCUCUGCCAGAGCACGAAAACCUAGUCGGUCCAUUCUUUCGCCAGGUCAUUGAGCCGUCCUCCUGCAGCGCCGUCAACUGGGCAGCUUACGUAAACGCCGUCUCCUGGUGUCCAGUUCGUCCGUCCGAGGGCGAGGUCGCGGCAGCGCAGGGAAACUCCAUUUGGCUCUACGCUCCGCAGCCUGACAGUGAUACAGGUUCAUUCUGUUGGAGUCAGACUGCAGGUGUCAUACACUCUUCCAUUGUAGAAGCAAUUGAAUGGACUGGUUCCGGUGAUGGGCUGAUUGCAGCUGGUAUGGAGGUUGUAUUUUGGAGGAGGAAGGGUAGUUCAUGGGAAAUGUCUUGGAAAUCUGCAGCAGAUGUUCCUCAAGCAAUGGUUUCUGCAACCUGGUCUGCUGAAGGUCCAGUUGCUACAGCAGCAUGUUGGUUGACUUCUGUGGAAAUAGGUGCACAAAAUUUACCUGAAUUGGCUAACGUGGAUUGUAGGCUUGUUUCUGUCUAUCACAGUGACGGAAAAUCCGAAGCAAUAAAGAUACAACUCUGUCAUCCUCAACCUGUUUCUUUGAUUAGGUGGAGACCAUCCACUUUAAUGAAAUUGACAAAAGAUGCUUUGUGCUCAUGGAAGGAUGUGCUGCUUACAUGUUGCUUAGAUGGAACCGUAAGGUUAUGGAGUGAGAUUGAUAAUGGAAAAUCUAGGAAAGUAAGUAAGGAGAUUGAUCAUAAGAUAAGGCAACCUUUUCAAGUUGUUGCAGUUAUUGAGAUAGAACAGUGCUUGAAUGGAACUCUUGGCACAACAAUAUUUAUAGAUUGGGCUGUAGAUAUGGCCAGUGUAAUUUCAAAAUCUGAGGGAGAUUGUCAUUCUUUAUCAUCAGCUAGUUCCAAGCAUGAUCAAAUAGCCUCUUGCGAAUGGCUAAUCAGUGUUGGACCUGUGAACUUGGUUGCUUUAUGGGCCGUCCACUGUCUAGAUGAUGCUACUACUUUUCGUUCUCCAAGAGUGACUUUAUGGUGGAAAAAAAAUCCUGCGGACCUUCGAGCUUUCAACUUCUCUAAUUAUCGGUGUUUGCGUCCUGCAGAAAAACCAGUUUUGGUAAAAGUUGUUGCUAUGAGAAGACAACUGUUUGGUCCACCAUUUGCAUGCUCUUUGCUUCAGUUGCUUCCUGAUAAUUGCAUGACCUGGUGGCAUUUAUAUAAUCCAUCAAUUGAUGAUGCAGAGCACAGUUCCUUAACUCAGGUCAGAAAGGAGAGAUGUCUUUCUCAUUUUACAGCUGGUGUAUUAAAUAUAGAUGGACACUCAGCAAACAUAUUACAAUUAGCUCUCCAUACUUGUUCCCAUGAACUUGAGCUUGCUGUCUCCUUAGACUCUAAUGGUUUUCUUCUCUUCUGGUCCUUUUCUAAACAUUUCAACUGUACCUUGGGCAUGCAAAUGUAUAUUCAUCCUACUUGGAAACUUAUGGGAAAAAUCAGAUCACAAGAUUUAUCUACUAAUUUGCAAUAUUUAACUGUAGGGUGGGCGCCUUUUGUUUUGGAUGAGAAGCCUUUGCUUCUUCUGGGAUAUACUGAUGGCAUUGAUUGUUUCCUGAUUAAUGUCCCAGGGGAAGGAGAGGAUAUAUUAUGUCAUAAAAUCUUCAGUGUAUCGUUUGCUAGUCAUAAUCAUUUAGAAGGGUCACCGGAUCUCAUAUUUGCAACACCUUUAGCUUAUUUUCCCAAAAGUUUUUUGCUUUGUGGAGUAUGGAUGAAGGCAUUGAGGACUUUAUCUUGGAAAAUUGUCCUGCAAUCUGAAGAUUUAACUGGAAGUUCCUGUGAAUUUAGUUCUGAUUCUGAAACAGUUUUAAUGCCUGGAAAUAUGAGUAAAUGGAUAUCACACAGUGGCCGAAGAUAUUCUGCUACCAUUUGUCCAGCCUCAUGGAACUUUCCACACCCACAAAAUUCUAAAACAAUGAUAUGUGUUUCAGUGGUUACUCUCGAUCAUUCUAUAAUCUCCAAUGUUAAUAAUGUGAUUUCUAAUAAUGUUUCAUAUGGAAAUAUUAUUAGUUUAAUGGCUAUAGGAUUUUCUGAUGGUGUACUGGAACUUUGGAAGGUGUCUUCUGCUAAAUCAUUGGAGUCAGAGUCCAUACCCUGGGUUCUUGUGGGAAAAUUUGCUGCACACGAUGGCCCAGUUAAUGCAGUCUCAUUAUCGAGCUGUGGUAGUAAAAUUGCUACUGUUAACGUAGGUGGUAAAAACUGCGUGACCACCCUUCAUGUUUGGACUCCAAUAUGCUUGAUAGGUGGUGGAAGCUUUAUACUAGAAGAUGUUUUAUUAUUUAACGGGCCUGUGAUUGCCUUAAAAUGGUCAGUUAUAGGAAAUGGAAACCUCUUACUUGGUGUCUGUAUGCCAAAUGAAUUUUACAUAUAUUGUGAGAGAAGAUCUCAUAGUUUUUUCGUGGAAUCAGAUAAAUCAAAAGAGUUGCAUCCUUGGUGCUGCAUUUCAAUGUCACAUUCUUGCCAACCUUGUCAUGAAUUUCAGUGGGGACCUAUGUUAACUCCCGUACUUCUUCAUGAAAGGAAAAUUUCAAUUUUUAGUGAGUGGUUGUCUGAAGCAGAAUAUAAUCACAUUGGAGAAAGUUCUUCUAUUUAUACUGUUAGCACAGAUGAAAACUCACGUUGCGGUAUAUCCCUCAAAAAUAAUGUUCAUGGUGCUAAUGAAUUAAGCCAACUUGACAAUAAAGAAAAUGGAAUAGCUUUUAAUGUUGUGUCUUCAGGGAGCUUCUUGAAAAAAGAGAAAUGUGAUACCAGGAACAGGUUGCAUAGCUUAAUGGAUAUGGUAGAGAGACUUUGUAGACCUUUGGAUUCCUAUCACCCCUGGGCACUACUCCAAUAUCUAUACAGUGGAAACUGGAAACGUGCCUAUAUUGUUCUGAAACAUCUCGUUGAUUCACUCUCCCCUUUAGAUGCUUCUACAACUGUAAUUGAACGCUGCAGUUCAGAAAAGCCUUGUCAUAUUCCACAGAUAUCUUUGUCUAGUUAUCUUGAUGGAACGUCCCCAGAAGAGCCAGGCAGUAAUACUGUACAGUGGGGUGAAGGAAGUAAUUUUGUAUCAGCAACCUUUGAGAAAAAUGUUUUUCAGUUUGGGAAAGAUACUCUGAAGACGACAAUAUAUAAUGAUAUUCCAGUGAUCAACGGUUUGAAGUCUGAAAUUAUGGGGUUCAUUGACACUCUUGAGAAGUUUCCCACCUUAGCUGCUUUAACAAACAUGGAGAGAAUACACAUUUUAACAGUGCUUGAUAUUUUACUUGAGCUCAGCAAUACAAGCUACGCUUCUCUAUAUGAUAGCCUUGAUGAGCCUGGGCGAAGGUUUUGGGUUGCAGUGAGAUUUCAGCAUUUUCAAUUUCUUCGGAAGGUCGGAAGAGUGGCUGCCAGGGAAGAAUUUGCUAUUGAAUCAUGGUUGGUUGCAUGGGCAUGCCAAUCUGAUUGUCAGGAAAAUCUUUUAAAUUCUAUAUUGUCCACUGAACCAUCUUGGUUAGAAAUGCGCAAUUUGGGCCUGGGAUAUUGGCUUACAAAUGCAUCCCAACUACGGGCAAGAAUGGAGAAGCUGGCUAGACUGCAGUAUCUCAAACGGAAGAAUCCGAAGGACUGUGCACUUUUAUACUUAGCAUUGAAUAGGCUUCAUGUUUUGGCUGGUCUUUUCAGGAUCAGCAAAGAUGAGAAAGACAAAAUUUUAUUUGGAUUCCUCUCAAGAAACUUUCAGCAACUGAUAUCACGUAUCCUUCUUCCAAAUGCUAUUGAUAAAAAAGAUUACUGGUUAUCCAGCGUUUUUGAAUGGAGCUCAGGGAACUACUCUGAGUCUGUGAAAAGGUUAUUUGAGCCUUCAGUGCACUGUUCAAAUGGUGUGGCCGCUAGAAAAUGCUUUCAUGUUUCAUUUGCAGAUCCUCAUGUUGGUCGCUACUGUUUAAUUCUGGCUUCAAAACCUUGUUUAAAAAAUGCAAUUGGUGAUUAUCUUGCUUCAGUGCUGUCAAAAUUUUCUACAGUGAUGGAUAGUUAUUCCUUGAAAAGAUUUGGUCUCCCUCUGGAGGCAUUGGAGCGCCUUGCUUCUCAAACAAUGGAGGGAAAUUCUGAAGUGAACACCAAACAUAUUGAAGCUAUUUUUGAGGGACAGCUUUUCCCUUUUUCUAUUGCAACUGCUACUCAAGCCUGGUUACAAGAAGGUUUUGCAUACCAUUUAGAGUCUAAUUUUAGAUUAAGUCUCGCAAUGAUAUUCAUUUCAAAUUUAUUGCGGGAGCUGCCUUGCUGGGCAUACCGGAAUCCAGUAAUAUUUCUUGACUUGGUUAAGAAUGAUGAUUCUGAUAGUGAUCAAGAAAAACAUAAGACGGGGGAAUUCAGGCAGAAGUUGAAUGUGGUUAUUCUAACAUUUGAGCGGAGGUACUCACUUAAGCUGAUUGAUUUAGCUAACAUGGUACUACUCUUGGCAUGCAACAAUGGAUUAUUAUUUCUUGGGUACCAAUUGUUGGAGGGAUUUAUUUUUCGGGAAAAUGAUGUUGAUAAUCAGCAUAAAACUGGUCAUUCUACUCGAUGCACUAUUUUGUUUAAACUGAUUGUGAAGGCAAACAAGGAGCUAUUUUAUGCAUAUUCUCGAUAUGUUGUAUGUUGUCAUUUAUCUGAUUCUACGAUGAAGCUGCUUUCUGGCAGAGCCUCCUCUGCAGAAAUUUGUAGUGAAAGUUAUUUUCAGAGGAAUUUCUGUAUGCAGUGCUUAAUAUGCUCAUUGAGAAUUAUCAAACCCCUGGUGAAGUAUUAUGAUAAUUUACUACUUAGUGAAGGACUUGCUUUGAGCACCUAUUCAUUUCUUGAACUUGUAGAAUACAUGCUGUACUUCUCUCGCAAUUGGUUUAACAGAAAUAUUAGCGGGUUGAUUCAAAUGGUGUGCCAAAUUCAUAGUGCUUUUGUUAGUAAUCAUGAUUCUAUUGAAGUUCUGACAGGUGAACAGCUAAAGAUUCUGCAUCCUACGUCUGAUAAUAAUACCGGUGACGCAUUAAAUGAUGAUGAAGAGGUAUUGCAUGAAUUUAUCAACCAAAAAAACCAAGCUAAACUAAGAAACUCUUUGGCAUUUUCAAUCCCAGAAGAUGAAAGGUGGCAAUUGAUAGGAACCUCUUUGUGGAUACAUAAUAAUAGCUUUACUAAUCAAAAGUUGAGCAAAUUUCUUGCUACACAAAAGUUAGAAGCUGAAAAGUCUAUAGCAGAUCAUAAUCAGUUCCGUAUUGCUGUUGCUAAAUUAACAAUGGCAUCCAUAGCAUAUGUUUCCUCUUCAGUAACAAAACAGCUUGCCUCUUUUCUUAGAGAAAAAGCAUCGAAAGGCUUACCUGUUGCAACGUUUGCUUGGUUGGAGGAAUCUAAACAGCAUGAAUCCAGCUCCCUGCCACAUCAAAGUGAUCAAGGAAUUUGUAUCAGGCAACUGUCUGCCAGUGAGGAUAGGGAGGACCUCGCUAAAAAGUUGUGGGAAAUUUCUAUUAAUGCGAAGGAAAUUUAUCAGAAUUUGUUGAAUGAAAAAGUUUAUGGCUUUACCUAUAGUAGAGAGAAGCUUCAUUCUUCCUGGAAAGAUUUUCAAGAAGUUAACCUUUCUGAGCAUGUGAGUGAUGCUUCACAUUAUAAAUCUGAAGGCAAUAGUAGUGCCAGAAAUGCAGUCGGAUCACUCUUUGGUAAAAAAAAUUUGGACACUGAUACCUUUCUUGAAACAAGAAGAAGAGAUUCAGAUCCAAAAUUAGAGAAAGCUAAUUUUUGCAAUCCAACAGAAAUAGUAAAGAGAAGUGGGGAGCUUCUAGAGGCUAUUUGCUGCAAUUCCAUCUAUGAGCAACAACUUGCUGCCACUAGCAACCGAAAGGGGCUUUUCUUCUUCAACUGGAAAAUGGAACCAGCACGCAAAGAAAAAUCACUGCUCAUUUGGCCAGAGGCUGAUUGGCCAUUAGAUGGAUGGGCGGGUUCGGAAUCUAAACCAGGACCAACAUGCGUGUCUCCAGGUGUUGGACUUGGAAGCAAAAGUGGCACACACCUCGGGUUGGGUGGAGCAACUGUAGGUUUGGAUUCAAUGGCUAGACCUGUAAGGGACUUGACAGGUGGGGGGGCUUUUGGUAUUCCAGGCUAUGCUGGCAUAGGGGCUUCUGGUUUGGGUUGGGGUGAACAGAUAGAAUUUGAGAUUUUAGACCCUCCUGCUGUAGCUGAACAUGUUUGCUCACGAGCUUUAUCUAGUCAUCCUUCACGGCCAUUUCUUUUGGUUGGUUCAAUCAACACACUUAUUCACCUGUGGGAGUUUGGAAAGGACAGAGCACUGGCGACCUAUGGUGUUCUCCCUGCUGUUAAUGUUCCUCCAUCAGUUUCUGCUUUGGAAUUUGAUCAUGGUGGACAGAGAUUUGCUUCCGCUGCAUUGGAUGGCACAGUAUGCACAUGGCAACUUGAGGUUGGGGGGAGGAGCAAUGUUCAUCCAACGGAAUCAUCCUUCUGCUUUAAUAAUAAUGCAUCGGAUGUUGCAUAUGUGGCUGCUAGUGGGUCAAUACUAGCUGCAGCUGGAUGUAGCACAAAUGGUCACAAUGUAGUUCUGUGGGAUACAUUGGCUCCUCCAGGCACAUCUCAGGCAUCUCUUCUUUGCCAUGAAGGUGGUGCCCGUUCUCUUUCAGUCUUUGAUAAUGAUGUUGGGACCGGUUCUAUUUCACCCCUAAUAGUUACUGGUGGCAAAAAUGGUGAUGUUGGGCUGCAUGACUUUCGGUAUAUUGCAACUGGAAGGAGCAAGCGGCACCGACAACCUAGAGAUCAAGAUCUCAAAUCUGCCACAUUUGUGAACACUUCCAAUCAGGUUGAUAAUGCAAAUGGCAUGAUUUGGUACAUACCAAAGGCUCAUCUUGGAAGCAUUACAAGGAUCACAACCAUUCCUAAUACAAGCAUGUUCUUAACCGGAAGCAAAGAUGGAGAUGUGAAACUUUGGGAUGCCAAAAGAGCACAAUUGGUUUUUCACUGGCAAAGAAUUCAUGAUCGUCACACUUUUAUUCAACCUAACUCUAGAACCAUUGGUGGGGUUAUUAGGGCUGCAGUCACAGAUAUCCAGGUCUUUUCCUGUGGUUUUCUUACGUGCGGUGGGGAUGGUUCUGUGAAGCUAGUACAACUGAAGUGAGGGACAAGACUUGGGUCAGUUUCUUUACUCAUUUCUAAAGCAGUUUUGUAGUACAAAAAUUUUGAGUUUAAAAAAACUUUGAACUAGAAAGCUGCUCUGGAAAAUAAGAAGAAAGUUGUCCCAAACGAAACCUUAAAUUUCUCUCUAACCAAGUUGGAGAGCUUCUACGUCCUUGACUGAGUUUCUGCAGAAGACCAUUCAGCUCACUUUUUACUUGCAGAGCUAAAGAUUAUUGCUUGCAUCAUCCCAGUGCUGCUUAUCCAUCGAGGUUUUUCCCUGCCUGGAUUCCUAUGUUGCCCAUAUAUCCUAUAUAUAAAGCUGUUAAGAAUUUUCUUUUUCUGAUUCACAUUUGUUGGUCAAAAUAAUUGUAAUGCUCUUCCAUUAUCAUGCCAUAAAAACCUUACACUGUAUCUCGCUAGUGUUGUAUAAUGAAAGUUCCUUCCAUCAUAAAAUUUACCAGAAGUGCUCUUUAAUUUUUCA